UGUCAGGAAGUGAAGCUCUGACCGCUGACAGCUCUGCGUUAAGAUGGUGUAACCUCCGUGUCUGCUGAUGGCGACGGUCUGAUCGUGCUGCGCUUCGCUCCAGCUUCGUGUCGCCUCGUCGGAACGUUCCUGGUUGUCUGUAAUGGAUAGUGGAGAGGAGGUGCGAGUGGAAACUCCUCCGUACUGCUGCUCCACCUGUGAUGGAGGGGAGGUCGCCCGCCGCAACCUGGCUCGACGCAACAGGAAGACCCGCAGCCUGAGCACCUCAUCAGCCAGCAGCUCCUCUGAGCACAGGAGAACUCAGUCACUUCAUGGACCAAGCCCUGUGACUACGUUUGGUCCAAAGGCAUGCAUGCUCCAGAAUCCACACACAGUCAUGCACAUUCAGGACCCCGCCAACCAGAGACUGACUUGGAACAAGCCCCCAAAAAGUGUCCUUGUCAUCAAGAAGAUCCGAGAUGCCAGUCUGCUUCAGCCUUUCAAAGAGCUCUGCAUAUUCCUCACCGAGGUGAAAAAGCUGAUUGUUUACGUAGAAAAUAAAGUUCUGGACGACCCGGCCAUUUCAGGCGAUGAAAACUUCGGGGCCAUCACCAAGAAAUUCUGCACUUUUAGAGAGGAUCUUGACGACAUCUCAAACCGUGUAGACUUCAUCAUCUGUCUUGGUGGAGAUGGAACGUUGCUUUAUGCAUCUUCGCUCUUUCAGGAGAGCGUUCCACCAGUUAUGGCCUUCCACCUGGGCUCCCUAGGCUUCCUGACCCCUUUUAAAUUCGACAGCUACCAGUCUCAGGUCACUCAAAUUAUUGAAGGUAACGCUGCCCUUGUCCUGCGAAGUCGCUUGAAAGUGCGGGUGCUUAAAGAGAACUGGGAAAAGAAGGCCAGAGUGGACGAAAAGGGCAUCAUCCUGACCAAUGGGGACAUUGAAAGUAGCCGCAAAGCCAUGCAGUAUCAGGUAUUAAACGAGGUGGUGCUGGACCGAGGACCUUCCUCCUAUCUCUCCAAUGUCGACCUCUUCCUGGACGGACACCUCAUUACCACAGUGCAGGCAGAUGGUGUGAUAGUAUCUACACCUACAGGAAGUACAGCGUAUGCUGUGGCAGCAGGAGCCUCAAUGAUUCAUCCCAAUGUCCCAGCCAUCAUGAUCACCCCCAUCUGCCCCCACUCGCUCUCCUUCAGACCCAUCGUGGUGCCUGCAGGAGUGGAGCUCAAGAUCAUGUUGUCUCGUGAUGCCAGAAACACAGCCUGGGUGUCAUUUGAUGGAAGGAAGAGACAAGAGAUCUGCCAUGGAGACAGUAUUACCAUCACCACUUCCUGCUUCCCUGUUCCCUCCAUCUGUUUCCGGGACCCGGUCAACGACUGGUUCGAGAGCCUGGCACAGUGUUUACACUGGAACGUGAGGAAGAAGCAGAACUACCUCAGCUCGGAAGACGAAGAGUUCUGAGGCCUGCUCCGUGAUCUUCAGUGUAUUUUCCAAGGUCUCCACGGCUCAAAAGUCCUGGUCUUAACUCUACCGCGUUUUGUGCCGUUUCAAAGUUUCACCAAACUCAAUUCAAACAGAGUCACUAUGACGUCGCCCCUCAUUUGUAUUAAAAUGACUCCAUAGAAUAUUGUUAAAUUAACUAUGAAAAACUAUGAAACCCCCAAAGUUUUCAGUGAAACUAAAUUAAACUAAUGAAAAUAAAUAAACAUUUGACAUAAAUACUAAUCAUCAAAAUAAAUCAAAUCAUGGAUAAACUGAAAUAAUUCAAGAUCAUUACUGUAUUAUAAAGUAUUCUUCCAGCAUUCUUGUUUGUUUCACCAUGUCUAAUGUAAAUAAUGUAGAAGUGUACUAAUAGCAGGUGUUGAGUCUGAGAAGUCGGAGGCUUGUGAUUGGCUGAAACUGCGACUCAGUUGUCUUGAAAAGGGACUUUUUCAAGUAAGCAACAUUUUUGAAAAAACAAUUUCUUGAAUUCUUUGGGGCUCCAUAGUAAACACACUAAAGGUCACAGACUCAGGAUUGCACAGCCGGAGGUGUCUAUUGAAAUAUGCAGCGCAAAGAGGAGUCGUCAAAUUCCCUAAAAGCCCACGAUCUAAUGUGUGAGCUCAUUAAAAUAGUUGAUUCUCUGAAUGGAGUUUGGCAUCACUGUCGGUCUAGGAACGUCCCCAGUCCUCUGUAUGUGUGUGAAACGUUUUGCCUUUUUUCUGAUGCAACUUGUCAAAAUGCAGUUUGUCGACAAAGUUGUCUUGAAGAGGGUAAAUGAGUCGGGAUGAUGGAUUACAACACACCGUGACAGUUGUGGAUGAGAGUUACUGCGACGCUCCUGAGUCUGCUCUUGCACUUUUUAAUCUUUGAGACAGACGACAGGGACACAUCCACAACAACAGGAUGAUCUCUCAGUAAAGGUGAAGGGCGGGGUUCACUCUAAAAAGAAUCAGUUAAAAUCUGUUUUCUGUGGAUCAAAUCAGGAAAAAUUGAAAACGUAUUGUUUUACACAACAUGUAGGUCAUUCCUGAUCUACUUGCCAAUCGUGGCCCAACUGUACAGACUGUGCCUUAAACACUGGUAUCAUUAAUGUAUAGAAAUAUUAUUUUUCAAGGUUUACAUCAUGGUAAUUUUUUAACACUUGCACAGAUUUGUGCAUUUUCUCUUGGAUGCUUCAUGUCGACUCUCGUUCUUGCUGUCUGCAGAAUGUUUUAGUGUAGUCUGUUCCGCAGCGUCUCUGCUCUGCGGCCAUGUGCCGGGACGAAAUGUUAGGUGAGACUCAUUCCAGGCAAAGAGACGAUAGUUCAGGUGUCUUCAGCAUCUUUUUAACCUUUUUUAAAAAUGUCUUUUAAAGCCAUAGCUGAUCUCUAUGUAGUUUUUAUAGACUGAUGUCUGUGGGUUGUGGGUGGUGUUGUGUGUUUGUCCAGGGACCGAUCGACUUCUCAGUUUGCUACACGUCUGCCUCAGCUGAGGUGGCCUACCUUUUCAUAUCUUCUCAGAUAUCAUGUGUAGAUGUUAAUAUAUAUAUAUUUACGAGUAUAUAGUCAAUUGGCUCAACAUAAUGCGUUUGAUUAAAAAGAUGAAACUGUGGAGUCGACCUGUUGAAACUCGCCAGAGCACCAAGCGAGCUCUGAAAGGCAAAUCAUUCCGUUAACUCCUGUACAUACAGCGAUGUUUCGAUAAGAUGUUUAUUAACCAGUUUACAAUGUGUCUUUGAUGAAAAGAAAUCUAUUUGGUAUCCUUUUUUUUUGUUACAUUAUUAAGCUCUUUAGUUGUUAAUUCUUUGUUGAUGGAGAAAAGGUUUGAUUCUAUAACUAUAUUUUUCUUGUUGUUGUACCGUCAAGUACUGAGAUAAUCAAAUAAAGCCAAAGUUACACUAACUGUCUGGUUUUCACACAAAGUUAAUUGAAUGUGUGAAAUUCCAAACUGCCACACGCUACAGUCUGAUUCCAACGCUGCUCUGAUCUGUUCGGUCCCACAGAAUCUUCUCUGUCAACUCUUCUCUAAAAGUGCUUUUCACUUCUGCAACUCUGAGAGCCUCUUUUGUAUCAGUCGGUUUGUGAAUGUUUCUAAUUUGAACUCUGCUGUGUUACUUUACAGAGCACUUUAAUAAAACUGAGAGAAAGUUG